AUGCACACUUACUGGAUGUUGUGUGAAGCGGUUCAAAAAGCAAACAUCUUCUACGGAGAACAACCGUUGGCGACUUUCCUCAGCUCAUUUGUCCACACGACGAUCGCUUUGUAUUACUUCCUCUUUUUCGUCAUCAACGGUUACGCCAUGGCCGCCAUUUUCGGUGGAGCUUGGGUUAUCGCCCAAGUUGCCCACCCGGUUCUGUUGACACGUCCAAGCACACUGGUGACAGAGUUGGCCGAUGAGACAGCUGCGAUGAUCUGUAAGUUGAUCAACACGGAUUUAGACCCAACUAUGGUGGAAUUGCUUGAGGGGAUCUUAAUGCAGUUAAGGAAACAUAACGCAAGAUUUACAGCGCUUGGAUUUUUCCAGAUUCACAACUCUACUGUAACGGCAAUGGCAGGAGCUGUUACCACUUAUUUGGUGACCUUCUCCCUCUCAAUUUGGUGUCAAGCAGUCGUGUUCUUCAGCUGCUCCUUGAAAUAUCAGCGGUUCCUAAAUAUCCUUGGCAUUCUGAAGAAGGUUGACCGAAGUCUUCAGCAGGACGUAUCAGACCACAAGGCAAAAGUAAAAGUGUUUUUCGUCUGUAUUGUCAUUGUAUUGCUCAUACUGAGUAACAGUGUGUUGGCAUGCACAGCGCCACUAAGGGAAGGCAAUAUCACAUCGCUUUGCUACACACCUACACAUAUCAUGUACUUUGCUCAAGCUGCCCUAUUCCUCCACUUUACACAAGUUGCUCAAAGUGUUGCUGCAAGGUUUAGGACCAUAAAUGCUAGUAUAAAAGAGGAAUUGGUUAGGAAUGGACAUGAGCAAUUACUCAGACGAUAUCUUCCAAGGGUCAGAGCCUCUCAAAGUACCAGAGACCUCUCGUCCACCUGCAAACUCAAGUCCCUCAUGGACUCCUACUGGCUUUUGUGUGAAGCGGUUCAACAAACCAAUAUCUUCUACGGAGAUCAGCUGAUAGCCACUUUCCUCAGCUCAUUUCUUCAUGUCACAAUCACUCUUUACUAUUUCUUCUUCUUCAUAACCUACGGUUUAACAAUGCCCGCCAUUAUCGUAGGAGCUUGGAUUAUCGCCCAUGUUGCCCACCUGGUUCUGUUAACCCGUCCAAGCACAAUAAUGACAGAGGUGGCUGAUGAGACGGCAUCUGUGAUCUGCAAGUUGAUGAACAUGGAUUUGGACCCACCUCUUGUGGAAUUGCUUGAAGAGGCUUUACUGCUGCUGAGGAAACAUAACGCAAGAUUUUCAGCUCAGGGAUUUUUCCGCAUUCACAAUUCUACCUUGACCGGCAUGGCAGGAGCCAUGACCACUUAUGUUGUGGUAUUGAUCCAGUUUCUCGCUUUAAAAGACUAA